ACGAGAGCUUGUGGGAUACCAAUGGCGGCGUAAAUGAUCCUAAGUGAUCUCAAACGCCGCUCAAAUUCUAUAAACAGUUUUUGCAGAUAAGGCUGCAUAUAUCAUGAUAAAAUAUAUUGUUAUGGGAUUGCGUGGCUUCUUUGUUUUAGCGGCCAAAAUAUGGAGUUUUAUUUGUUAUAUUUUCAAACGACAAGUUCGAGCUGUAAGUCACCUAGCAAUGCUACAACUACACUACAAUAAAAACAAUCGUCAGAGCUGAUAAUGUUACAUGUCAUUUAGGCAGCUUUUAUCCUUUUAAUAUGUAGCCCUAGACCCCUAUAUCAUUUGAGAUUGAUCAACAAUGUGUAUGCAUACACACAUUCUGAAUAAAGAACUACAUAAUGCACGAAAAUGAGGGAAUUAAAUUUGUGAUUCGUAGGACAAGAUGCUUCCUAAGUCAAGAUAUUACACAAUGACAAUAAAAUGGGAUUUAAGUGCAAAACUCCCUACCUAUAAUUUGCUUUGGGUAGAAUACAUCGCUUCGGCUGAUUUUGGGUUAGUCGUAAGGCCAGUGAAGUCUUCCAUAUAUAGGUCAUGGAGGUUCCCCUAUGUCAUCUUCCGUCUAUACUAUUCUAUAUAGCUUUGUAUUCAAAAGAUUUAGAUUUUUAUGUUUACUUAUGACUUAUGCAAAGUUUUGUUAUCUCACUUUCUGGUUUUGAAAGUGUGGGGAGUUCUGGGGAAGGGUCACCCCUAACAUAAUGAAAGCUAGGUUACAGCCAAGCCAUAAGUCAGCCAUGGGGUGAAUGUAGAAAAUCCAGAUUCCAUGCCAUAGACCUAAAACUGCAACUUGACUAAUUACUAAUGUUUAACUUUAACUUAAAACAAUGCUUUCGGGCAUAACCUAAGUUUAAAGUUAUGAUUAUACUCAUACAUUUACAUGCAAAAUCUAAUCUACUACUAGGCCAGCAAGAGUAUAUCUGAUUUGGCUGCUUUAUUCUGGCAUCUCAAAAGACUUAACAAGCCUAGUUCAAGUUAACAUUUAUGGGACAUGGAUUGUCUACCUCUAACAAACUAGCUUUUACUACUUUUUGUUAAUUAAGAUCACCACUCACUGGCUCAGCUAUUUAAACCUAAUAUAUAGUAUCAAUGAGAAUUGUAUGUUUCAUGUCGAGCAUUUUUUUACCCCUGUCCUUAGCCAAUACUCCGUGUCCAUUUUGAAUUAAUAUCGCUAUUGACAAAGGUUACCAUAUAUAUGAGACGUACUGGGUAUAUAGAUGUACAGUGGAAACCAGCUAUAACUAUAUCCCUAGUUUGAGUCUUAAAAACAUUAGCCUCAAUAGGAAUUGCUUGCUUUUAACAGUUUUAAACGAGUGCAAUAUUAAUUUUUGUCUAAAUCUAGUGAAAACCUGUACAAAAUCCUGUUAAAUUGGAAAUCAUUAAAAAAAAAAUAUGGAAAGUGUGGGUAAAAUGUAACACUAGUCACAUUUGGUCAAAAUUGCACUCUAAUAUCUAAUUAAGAAAAAAAAAAACACCAUUGAUAGCUGUCAGUGAUGAAUAAAGCAUAACUUGCAAUGUUUUACAUUAAAACAUUAAUAAUCUUUUACUUUCCUUACAGGUUAUUCAGCAUCAAACAGUGAAAUAUGAUGUCAUUGCCUUGUCCCCUUUAUCCAAACACAGGCUUAGUGAGUAUAGCGUUUUAAUCACUAGAAAGGUUUUUAUAGAAAUGCAAUAUUUUAUCGAUAUAUGAUUUAAAAAAACAAACCAAAAAUAUAAGCCUUCCAGUAAACAAUGAAUUAUAAAAGUUUUUAAUUCACUGCAGUCUAUGAUAUUCUAAUUGGGGCUGAGUGCCAAUAGUUUUUUUGGGCCAUAUUUUGAAAAGAGGAAAACAAGUGUGCAUGAUGAAGACAUCAAUGAAAAUUCAAAUGAGCAAAAUUAGUAAUUUUCAUCAGCAAGGGUUAACCACUGUGUAGAUACAAUCAAGACUCAUUGUUAUGCUGACAUCAUCUAUAGCUAUUUGUCUAAUUUUUUUACUAUCUGUAAGAUAAAAGUUCUAAAAAAAAGUAAAAAGUGCAAUGACAAUGCAUUUUAUUUAUUAAAUUUACCAAGCGCCAACAUCCUGGGCUUUGUGCACAGCUUGGAGGGAGCUUCAGUCAAGGGGAACCACGGUAAAAAAAAGUGUCAUACAAAAAAGUUUUGGGUACAUUGUUAAAGUAAACAAUAAAUUUUAUUUUCCCAGGUAUGAUGAAAAGAAAGGUCUUAGUUUUAGAUUUAGAUGAAACAUUAAUUCAUUCACAUCAUGAUGGUGUUUUACGACAAGUCAAACCAGGAACGCCGCCGGAUUUUGUGCUAAAGGUGAGUAAUAAAGUUUGACAGUUGUGUUUAAGGAGUACCUUCCAAGAAUCAAGAAUGUUUUCUGAUGUUCAUAUACCUAGAUUGUUGUACUCUUAACAUUGAUAUUGUCUCCCUAUCAGUUUUUUUUCCAUGUCCAUGGUCAAGAUGUUACUCUUAAAAUUGAUAUCGUCUCCCUAUCAAUUUUUUUUUUCCAUGGUCAAGAUGUAAAGCUUGUCUUUUAAUUUCUUUAAGUUCUGGUACUGGUCAUUUUAAAAUAUUUCAGCUGAACAGGUUACUAUUUACAUGUUUGGACGUAUCGUGAAUAUUGAAAAUUGACUGACAGAUUAGCAACGAUUCAAGAAGUAAUUGAAAAGUUUGCUGUAGCAUAGUCAUAUAUUUGUAUUAAAGGCCUGUUUGAUUAAUUUUAAAUUUUUUUUUGCAGGUCACUAUAGACAGGCAUCCUGUCAGAUUUUUUGUUCACAAAAGGCCUCAUGUUGAUUUCUUUUUAGAAGUGGUAAGACAUAUCAUGUUUUAAGGGUAGACCUGGGUGCAGGAUAGGAUUAUAUAUAUAUAUAACAUUUCAUUUUGUUGUUAAGGGUUACUGUCUUUAUUUAACAUGGGUGUAUCAUACUUUCUGAGUUUUUUAAGCUUUAAUAGAACUGGGCUCGAUGAGCUGUACAUUUAAACAGCAAAAUGGUAGUCUAAUCAAUACUCAUUCAUACUUUGUUUACCUAGUUACAACUUUUUUUAGACACUUUAUAUUAUGCAUUUAUUAUAGCAGUGUAAUAAAUUUAAGGACAAUGAACAAGGCACACGCUAUGAAAAUGUUGAAGCAAACAUAUUUAUGGGAUGAGGUCUUGAUAAACCAAAUUGUCCUUCACACACAAACACACAGUUUAAAAUACUGCUUAAAAUGAAGAUGUCAUAAAGUGAUUUUUCAGUUGCUAGAAAUGCCCUAACACAAGUCAUGCACAUUGGUGUUCUGCCAAUUAUUCAUAAGCUUUUAUUUAUUUGUUCAUUUUGCAGGUAAAAAAAUUGCAUGAACGUUCUAUAUUUACAUCCUGUUGUAGGUCAGUCAAUGGUAUGAGCUGGUCGUAUUCACAGCUAGUAUGGAGAUUUAUGGCGCUGCAGUCGCUGAUAAACUGGAUGGGGGAAAGAAUGUUCUAAGGCGACGCUAUUAUAGGCAGGUUAGUCAAAGAGCUCUAUCACUACAAAUAAGCAGUUUACUUCUGCUAAAUACAACACAGUUUCAUACAUUUUUAGACAUCUCUUUAAUCAUUUCAGGUAAAUCUUGUCAGCUGUUCUUGUUUUGUCUUUUUAAAAAAAAUUUUGUCUUACGAAAGCAACCAUAUUGCUUUCCUGUAGGCUAAACAAACAGGCGUUGACUCAAGAAUGUUAAGGGUAUUAUGUAAAAUGCUUCUCAAAAGUUAUCAAAAUUCAUUCAUGAUUUUUUUUUCCCAACAUCAUCUGAACAUCAAUCAAGCUAGGCAUGAGUGUUUCUUCAGGGCUCAAUUGUCUGAUUUAGAUUGAGUAGUUUUGAGUGAAAUCUAUGGGGGUUUUUUAAGCCUCGAAAUUUAUAUGGGAAAAAUGCCACUUAAUUAUAAUUUACCAGAAAAUAUUGAACUAAGUCUGGAACUUGUUUAAUUUUAGAUGACGAUAAUCUUAAUUUGCCCAAAAUUUUCAGGAUAUUUAACUUCCAACGUAACUUAACACUCAUAAUAGAUAUGCAAAAAGAAGGGCUUUGUGUCUAGCUUUCAUAAAACAUCUCUCUUGCUUCUUCUUUAAAGCAAACAAAAAUAAUUGUGAUGUAUUUGGAAACAGUCUAUGACAAAAUCCUGAAUAAAUGAAAUUUGAAAUCUAAUGAGUGGGGAAAAAAUUAACCCUCUCAGUAUUACAGGGCCCAUAAAGAAAUGAUCUCACUACCAAGCAAAGGGAAAUAACUCAUUUUCUUUCACAAGCUGCUGACAUAAAUAAUUAUUAAAAACCAGUUGCACCAACAAAUGUUUCAAUGUAAUGUAAUUGGUCAGACCAGUUAGCUCUAUCAUCAUUCCUAUCUUCAACGUUUGGUUCAUCUGGGACAUCAGACGUUGAAUUAAUCAGAUAUCGACAUUACUUUUAUUUCCAUUAUGUAUUUCUGCAUCAAAUGCAUUGCGGCUUGAAGUUAUUCCAGAAAUGCAAUUGCAAUUUUCUAAGGGUAGGUUUACAUCAACUAACCAUUAUUUUAAAAAUUGAAAGUAGUGUAAAAUCAAGCACACAUACUCAAAAUCGCCACGAAAAAUAGCUUAACACUUCCUGUUUAUAAAUAGGCUCUUUGGAACUUCUUAAUAAGAAUAGUUCACUUUUCUCGGCAGCGCUGAAAAUGGUGUUGUGUUUACGGCAGGAUUUGGCUGUAGCGUGACUGAGGCUUAAAGGCUGGAAAGUUGUAUUGCAGCUAAGAGGGUUAAUAAUUGUCAUUUAUAAAAAAAUUUAAAAUCAUUUUGUGAGUUCUUCCAUGUUUUUUCUCAUAGCAUUGUAACCUGGACAUGGGAAGUUAUACAAAAGAUUUGUCAGCCAUCAACCCAGAUCUUUCCAGUAUAUUUAUAUUAGAUAAUUCACCAGUUGCUUAUAGGAUGUUUCCAGGUAGGUACUAAAGAUGAGAAUUAAUAAAUUAAUACCAGCAAGUAUUUGUCGACAUACCGCACACAAAAAAUUAAGAAAUAUUGUUUAUUCUAUAUCUUUACUUCUGUUUUUAAAAAAAACUACAUUAAGACAUUACUACUUGUUUCAUACGGUAACAAUUAAUGCCUCAAGUUUUGUUUCACCUUUUUUGCUUAAUAUAUUAGAAUCUCACCAAUUAGCUAAUUGGAAUUGUAUUCUUUUGGCAGUAAAAUAUAUUUUCUUUUAUUACAGUUAUAAAAAAAAAAAAGUUUUAUUUCAUCUUCUUUUUUUUUUUUUUUUUUUCCUUUUUUUAGUUUUUUUAAUUUUUUUUUUUUUGGCUUUUGGUUCUCUUAUAUUACAAUUUAAGACAAUUUUUUUGGUUUUUUUUUUUUUAUUUUAUUUAUAAAAAAAAAAAAGUUUUUUUUCAUUUUUUUUUUUUUUUUUUUCUCCUUUUUUUAGCUUUAUUAAUUCAUUUCAUUCUGGCUUUUGGUUCACUUAUAUUACAAUGUAAGACAAUUUUCUUGGUUUGCCCUGCAGAUAAUGCUAUCCCUAUAAAGUCAUGGUUUAGUGAUGCCCGUGACACAGCUUUGCUCUGCCUUCUACCAAUGUUAGAUGCAUUGCGCUUCUGCAAUGAUGUCAGAUCUGUACUGGGCAGAAAUCUACAUUUAUCACGGACAUGGUAGUCCAUCAUCCAUUCAUCUUUUUAUCACCGGUCACAACAGCUGUCCUUUGCGCCCAACAUUUCAUCACCAUUUGCUUUUUUUUUUUUUUUUUGUUUAUAAAAGGGCUGCAUUAACUCAUUCACUACUAGAGUAAUUUUUUCUGGUGAUAUUAUUUUGAGUCCUAAAAUGACCUUGGAAGCCUUAGCAUUAUCCUCGAUAAAAAAAUUUUGUUUAAUUUUAGCUUUAAGUUAAAUAGCUUUUUUAUUCAGUUAAGAAAGAAAAGAAAAAAAACCAAACUUGCGUCAUAUGGAAUACCCCGUCUUAAGUCACAGUGCAAAAUCUAAUGGCUAUCAAGUGCAGUUUUAGUUAAAGGAAUCUGUACCCAAUAUUUAAGAUUUUAUUUCCCUGGCUGGCACCACCAGGAAAUAUACAAGACACAUUAUUAAAGCAGUGUGUGAGUUAACCCCCCUCCCUCAUCGUCUCUCUUCAUUCUGUCACAUUGUAAUCAGUGUACAUUUUCUUUCUUCAUGUCACAUGUAAUAUUGUUAUAAACCGCUGAGGUUAUUUUAGACAAUGUUAACUCAAUUGCACUGUUGACCUGUAAUUUUGUAAAGAAUGGUUGGUUUGCUGUGUGAUUCAUAUCUGGGGACCUGAGUUAUUAUUUUUUUAAAAUCUAUAUAUGAUUUUUUUUUAAAAAAUAAUAAGUUUGUUCUUGUGUAGGCUGUUCUAUUUUAAACUGUAGGAGUGUACAACAACAACAAAAUAAAAUAUAUAAUUACCUGCUUUUUAAACACAACAUUUUAUGAUUAACAAUUUGAAUAAAUAAUGCACUGUCCAUAUCAUCCUGAUUUAAUCUUAUUUUUUUUUGGUUUGUUUGUAUAAUGAAUCCUGUAUGUAACUUAAAUUCUAGGUUGAAGACUUAUUAAAUGGAUCAGAUCCAAAAAUUCACCCAAAUCUUUAUUUAAAAACCUAAGAGAUUAUUUUAUGUCCUGGCUUGUUAACAAAAUUUUUUUUUUAAAAUGGAAGAAACCAUCUUGGGACCAAAAAUGGAUUAAAAUUUUAAAAUUUUUCUUUGUUCGCCUCACUGCCAUUCUACAGUGGGGGUUUUUAAAUGUGAGAGUAGCCUAAAAUAGUAUGAAUGCUUUUCUACCCCUAAGCCUGAAUAAUUCAAAUAUGUCUCUGAACCAACUCAACAAAGGUCUUUGAAUCUCCUUGGGAUUUUCUACAGAGUAGCAUUAGGGAAUCAUGAGCAACAGGAAAAGACUUGGACAUAAAUGCUUGCUAGAUUUAUCAUAUUUCAAUCCACAUAAUUCUUAGUUGCACACUUGAAGGACUUGUGUUGCUUUUGACCAAAAAUUUUUUUUUCUUUAGUUUGGCUUUGUACACAAUCCUGUAAUGCCUGAGAUUGAUUCUAUGGAAUAACAACUGAUUGAAAACAUUUCCUAUGUAAGUCAUAAGUUUGUGUUGCAAAAAUAAAAAAGCAUAUAGUAUCUUUGUCACUGAGUGUUUCAGGAACAAAACUGAGGACUGACCAAUCACCUGCGCUACAUUCUACUGACUACCCCUACCCUAAAACAAAAAAAAAACAAAAAUAUUAACAAAAGCAAAAUAAAAACAAAGACUCUUGGCUCCCAUGAUAAAGUUAAUAAUUUCUCUCAGGUACAAUUAUUAAAGCAGAAAUCUGCCAGCUAUUUAUUUUUAAAGAAAGCCAGGGUUUUUCACAUUAAUUCUUGGAGAGGACUGAUUAAGUACAUUGUACAUAAGUACAUUGUUCACAUAAGUAAGAAUAAAAAAUUAUUCCUUACAAAAACAGAUGGUUAUGUCAAAUGUUUAAAUUUAAACAUUUUUUUUUGGUUUUUUUUUUUGUUUGUUAUUACCAUUUGAAGGAUAAUUUAGAUUUUUUACCCUCCCCUUAGAAAUGAAAUCACUCUCAGACUAACUUUCAAGUUAGUGUCUACAAUUCUUUUUAGAUAUUAGAUACUGAUUUCAACUCAUUUUGCGUGGAAGAAAUAAUAUAUAUCACAAUUAGAUGACUGGUUAUAUAUAUUUUUUUUCAGUUUUGUUUUUGUAAUGUAAUAUGAUUUUUUUAGCAUCGUUGAAUAUGUGAUGUUAAACAUUGUACUUGCUGUGGGGGCACCUUGCCAAAAGGCACUAUGACGAUCAUGAAAUAUUUUGAAGUAAAACUUCUUCUGCACGUAACUGAAUUAGUUGAAGAUGAUGUCCUUUAAAAGCGAUGUAUGUCAAGAAAUAAUUUGGUCUUAAUACAUUGUCAUUGUAAAUUUAUAUUUUUUGUUCACAAUGUGUUCUUGUCCCAUUCAUGUUUUCAAUGAGAAUAGUUUUUACUUUUUUUAGUUGGCAGCUAAGUACUGUACUACAAAGUCAGCACUUUUCUAAACUAUGUCAAGUUUAUUUUUCAUAUAGUCACACAAUGUAUAAUAGAAAUUAAAUUGUUUGCUUAUGUUAGAAAUUAAAGAAAAUAAAUAAUUAAAUCACAACUCAACUAAUUUUACUAAAAGAUAGAUUUGUAAGCACAAAUUGUUUUGCUAACUAUGGCAUGUUAUUUUUUGUGUUUACACCGAUAUGUCAGCAUCCCCUGCCAGAUUUCAUGGUGUAUGACAACACCACCAAAUCUGUCCGGGGAUGAUGAUAACUCAAGUUAUGACUAAACUUUGAAAUGCUUGCCUACCUUCAACUGUUUCAUAGCAACAGCUUUAAAUUUAAAAGUUUGCCCCUUAAAUCUGUUUUCCAUUGAAUGUUUGUGAUAAUAAAUUUGGAUGCCU